CGGACGUAGCGGAUUCAGUCUUCGGAGAGAGCUCGGAUGGCGAACAGUUCGUGCCCAGUGUAGUGCGUGCGUGGAUCUUCUUCGCGGCUAAUCGAGUCACUGCUAGAGUAGUGAGUCUGGGUGCUGUGAAUCUUCAGUCGAGUGAAAGGAAUCUGUUAAAUGUUGUGAUAAGUUAACUCUACUAGAUGUUGAUGGAUUAAUCCCAGUAGACGGGCGGGAAGAAAUAAAACAUUUUUUGUUUGGUGAUAUUUCGUAGAACGGAUUGCUUGGAUUGAUGUCUAGUUUAAAGCAGUUGUGAAUUGUGAGCUGUACUAUUGAUUUCCUGCUAUUGGUUUUUUUUUACAAACGAUAAAGUGCUAAACCUGUUUCCGAUUAAUACAAUAGGAAGAAGACUGUGAGUUUCGAGCGCAGGUACAAAUACACACUCACACAAAGUCCCCAACCAAACGGUUCCACCCAACCACGAAGAAAUCCGGAGGAAAAUCGCGCAGUGUGCCGUGCUUCGCAGCUAUUGUGUUGUGAAUUUCGCGAAAUAUUACAAAAGAAAUCCGAUGACAAGCGCAGCAUCCGGUUCAAUAACCAAAAGAAAAAGGUGAAGUGUUUAAUGUUCAGGAGGGCCGCACGGGGAUAAAGGCAAAAAAAAAAGAAAGGCCGUGUCGUCGUGUGAUAGUGAGAAAUGAAAGGAGUUCAACAAUGUCAGUGUCAAGGAAAGGCCUCCGACGGUCCCUAGUGUGAUACACUUGCCGGUGCGUUCGAAACUAAUCCGCACGAACGACGGAUAUCGGUGCUGGUUGUGAUCGUGGUAGGAGAUUGUGGUGUCGUUUCGGUGUGCAGUUCUUUUUUGUGGUUGUUCUUUUCAAUUUGGGUUUCACUACUGCAGUCAAGGUUGCAGUUUCCAAGAAACCGGAAUUUCGAUCCUGUGUGUGAGUGGAGCUCGAGCCGAUCGAGUUGAUUCGCUGAGGUGGUGAGGCAGGACAGGAGGCGGUUAGAAGCCGUUCGCCACAAAGGACUGACGAGCGAGCUGUCAUCUGCUGCAGCACUUUCAUCCUCUCACGCUGGAACGUCUACUGUAGCCCGGUGGGCCAUUAGUGCGCCCGUUUGCCCCGCAGGCGUAGCAGCACCAGCAACCGGAGGAGGUCAUGGAUCACGCGGUUCACGCUGCCCGAGGAAGACCAUGGAACAAGUUGCGUUUCGAAAACAACGAGCUAGAAUGUCUGUAUCAGCGGUACACCCUGAAGCUGCAGCGCUUCUCCGUGACGGGGGUGGUAGCUUUGGUGGUGGUACUGUGCGGUGUAAUGGCCGGUCUCAGUCUCGGGUACAACCAGGCACCGACGUUACAUAACGUUUUCAACUCUUUCAUGUGCCUCCUGUUUGCAGUGAUCCUCGCGCUGCUCCAGUUCCGAUUGAUUCGGGACUCGCACCUACCCUAUCUUUGCUAUGGGAUUCUCUUUUUCACGGCGGCGUUCUGUUUCAUCUCGAUGCCAACAGUGGGAAUCGUCUUUCCGGUCGACACACGUGAAGUGAUGGCCGAAGGUGUCUGGCAGAUUGUGUUUGUGGUGUUUUUGGCCUAUGCCAUGAUGCCACUGCAGAUCUGGGAAGCCGUACUGUUCGGAAUCAUUUUGCCCUCGAUUCACAUCGGACUGACCGGGUAUAAUAUCUACAAUGGGAACUUUCAGUAUCUGGCGUAUCAGCAGCUGGCCGCAAACAUCGUAAUCUUCGUCGGCGUCAACGUGGCCGGGCUGGUGGUGAACGUCAUGAUGGAACGAGCUCAGCGGCGUGCCUUUCUCGACACUCGCAACUGCAUCGCAGCCCGGCUGGAGAUGGAGGACGAAAACGAAAAGUUGGAACGGCUGUUGCUGUCCGUUUUACCGCAGCACGUUGCGAUGGAGAUGAAGAACGAUAUCCUUUCGCCGGUCGAAGGACAGUUCCACAAAAUCUACAUCCAGAAGCACGAGAACGUGAGCAUUCUGUUUGCGGAUAUCGUCGGUUUCACGGUGCUGGCAUCGCAGUGCAGUGCACAGGAGUUGGUGCGGUUGCUGAACGAACUGUUCGGGCGAUUCGAUCAGCUGGCUCACGAUAACCAUUGUUUGAGGAUUAAAAUUCUAGGGGACUGUUACUAUUGCGUUUCGGGCAUUCCCGAUCCGAGGGCUGAUCAUGCGCGGUGUGCCGUAGAGAUGGGUCUGGAUAUGAUCGAUGCUAUAGCUUCAGUGGUGGAGCAAACCGAUGUCGUACUAAAUAUGAGGGUUGGAAUCCACUCUGGACGGGUGCUGUGUGGUGUACUGGGACUUAGAAAGUGGCAGUUUGAUGUGUGGUCGAAUGACGUAACGCUUGCUAACCACAUGGAGAGUGGCGGGGAGCCGGGUAGGGUUCAUGUAACCCGAGCGACGCUUGACGCUCUCGGCGGAGAGUACGAAGUGGAAGCAGGUCAUGGAGAUACGCGGGAUUCGUAUCUGCGGGACAACCAAAUCGACACGUACUUCAUCGUGCCUCCAGCGCACCGAAGAAAGCCGCUGAUGCUCAACACGCUAGGUGUGCGGUCGGCCCUGGGGGCGGCCAAUCGGCGAAAGCUGUCCUUCCGAAAUGUGUCAAAUGUGGUCGUCCAGCUGCUGCACACCAUCAAAUAUUCGGUACCGGUGCCGUUCUCGCAUAUGGCCACCGGAGGCUCGCCCUACCCAGGCGGAAGUGGACCCGGUGGCAGUGCCGGAGCCGCUGGCGGUGGAAUGUUUCUCGAUAAAAAUGCUCGCAAGAACAAAGUAACGGACAAGUUUAAACGACCGUUCAAGAAGCGUCAUUCCAGUGUCUACCACCAGCCCUCGAAUCGGGUCAACAAGUUCCUGUCGCAGGCGAUCGAAGCGCGCAGCGUCGAUCGGGAGAAGUCCGUUCACGUCAAGCGAAUCUCGCUGCAAUUCCGCGAGAAGGAAAAGGAACGCCAGUACCACCAAGACUUCGAUCUGGGAUUCACCACCGCCAUGGGGUGCAGCUUGCUGCUGUUGAUACUCAGCGCCGGUCUGCAGAUCUCCGCUCUACCACGUACCUUAAUACUGUUACUGUUGUUCUUGACUGCCUUCGUUUGGAUAAGCUCCAUUUUGAUGCUGCUGCUGGCUGUUCGGUUGAAGUGGAUCUUCUGGGAUUUGUCGCAGAGCUUUUCGCUGCGGUUGGCCAUCACGGUGUUCACAAUCGUGCUGUUGUACUCGGUGGGACAAGUCAAUGUGUUCACGUGUCUCUCCGAUCACCCGUGCACAACCAAUUUCACCACCAGAGCUGUGCUGGACUUGCCGCUUGAAGCUAACAAUCUCCACCACCACGAUCCUUCCGCUGCACUAGCGUCGCACGAAACGAGCCUGCCCUUCGCUGCUGAUGCGCCUCACGGUACCCUACCGGAAGCGGCGAUGCUCAACCAUUAUGCCCACCGAAAAUGCGCUCUGCCCCAGUACAUCGCUCUAUCGGCAGCUUUCUCCUUCCUGACUGUAUCGAUUUUCCUAAGGUUACCGAUCAUGGUGAAGACUUUCCUGGUCACGCUGAUGGGUGUGAUGUACUGUCUGUUUAUCGAACUGUCGCACGCCAGCAUCUUUGACUGUUACGAUCAGCGGGUCGAGUCGGCCAUCCCACUGCACACGAUCUCGCUGGCGAGAAUCAUCAUUUUCAUGAUCGCAAUCUUGGCUCACGGUCGCCAGGUGGAAUGGACAGCACGGUUGGACUUCCUGUGGCAGCUGCAGGCGUCGCAAGAGAAGAAGGAGAUGUCCGUGCUGCAGCAGUCGAACCGGCGCAUUCUGUACAAUCUGCUGCCUUCGCAUGUGGCGGCACACUUUCUGGACAAUCAGUUCAGUCGAAAUAAUAUGGGUACGCUUGGCGCCAACCAGGAUCUGUACCAUCAAAGCUACUGCAAGGUUGGUGUUAUCUUCGCCAGUGUGCCGAACUUUCAUGAGUUCUACACGGAGCUGGAUGGUUCGAAUCAGGGCGUUGAGUGUUUGCGGUUGCUCAAUGAGAUCAUCGCUGAUUUUGACGAGUUGCUGUGUGAUGAACGCUUUCAGGCGAUCGAUAAGAUUAAAACGGUUGGAAGUACGUACAUGGCGGCGGUCGGGUUGAUUCCGGAGUUCAAGAUGUUACCAAACGAUCAGAGUUCGACGCGAAAACUGAUGACGGCGCUGAUAGAUUUCGUUAAAGCGAUGCGAGUUACGUUGCAGAAUAUAAAUGAGAACUCUUAUAAUAAUUUUAUGCUGCGUGUGGGGGUCAAUGUAGGUCCAGUAGUGGCCGGAGUGAUCGGUGCACGCAAGCCGCAGUACGAUAUCUGGGGAAAUACGGUUAACGUUGCCAGUCGAAUGGAUUCAACCGGCAUUCCGGGUUAUACCCAAGUGACACAGGAGGUGAUUGACAGCCUGCAGGGUAGCCAUUUCGAAUUUCGAUGCCGGGGUCAGAUUAAGGUGAAGGGUAAGGGUGAUAUGGUGACGUAUUUUUUAUGUGAGCAAAAUGAAAAUAUGCUUAAUGGAGCGGGGGGAGCAGCGAUGGGGCCGAAUUGCACGGCAAACCGAGAUAGACAAACGCCGGUUCCGAAUAUCAUCUCGAAUUAUCAGACAGAUAGUUUCCACCAUCUGAAUAUAAAUCACGUUAAUGGAAGUCAGCAGGGAUGUUUUCAGGCGCCUGCUCCUCCGGCCCUGCAACCACAAAGUUAUUAUAUGAAACGCUCGGACAUGAAUAGUGGAAGUGUAAAAAAUUCAAAAUGGCAGAGUGGAAAUGAUAGUUUCUCGAAAAAAGAGAGUUACAAUUUUCUAGAGAGUCCAAAUUUGCUGCAUCAGCAACAGCCGGUAGGCCAGCACCAAUAUCAGUCGCAACAACAGCAUCAGCUGCCACAGCAAGCCCUCGCAAAAGUGGCGCAUAAACACAAUAAUAUAAACAAUAAUCACAUUAGCAGUGGUUUCCAUGGAAACCAUCGGAAUCAACCGACCAGUAAUAGUAACAACUACAAUAAACGCAAUGAGUACUUCCAUGGCAGCAGUAACUCGGCUGGUCAGCACCAACCAAACUAUAAUAUUCGUGAAAAUUUCAACAUUAUCGAAAAUCCCAACGUUAAAGAAAUGGACGAAAACAAUCUAAAUAUGUUGAAUCACCAUAACGGGCACAAAGUACGAAACAACAGAAAUCAUCACCACCAUCAUCACCAUCGGCAGGAUGGGGGCGCGUCGGGACCCAGCUUAGCAAAUCACAAUUCGAGCAAUCGGGGCGCGUACGUAACGGCAGCCGAAAACGAACCACUGCUAGGCUCUGGAAUCGUAGGUAAUGCAGUCAUUAAACCUAUCCAGCAAAUCCAACAGAUUCCCAAGUAUGAACCCCCUCGCUAUGCGACGAGUAACACAGCCUUCCCACAAUACCAUCAACCCAGCAAUAAUACCAACUACAACUUCCCCGUAGCGUCAAGCUACCAACAUCAGCAGCAGUUGAACGCCCGCCAGCAGCAACUGUACCAGCAGCAGCAGCAACAACUAUUGAAACAGUACAUCAAACCGCUUCCAAAGCUUCCCCAUGAAUUUGACGAAUCUCGAGAGAUGUCCUCCACGGAUGACCUCAGUUCGCGACCUCGUUCGCCCUCGGUAAGUUCCUCGGACGAGAGCUACUCGAAAACCACCGAAGGGGAGGAUCUCGAUGGCCACUCACCACUUCCUCCGCAUCACGCUUCCUACGUCAAUAACUUCAACAACCCCCUGCAGUACCUGUACCCUGGUGACAUCCAGGUGGACCCAUCUUCCCCGCCAAAGGUGAGUCCCAUCGAUUUGGCUAACAUGAAAGAUUUCGAGGUAUCGACAACCGCUGAAACUAAAUCGUCGGUACCGAACAAGGGAGAAUCGUGUAAUAGUUUCGAAUAUCAGGAUAAGGGUAACAACGGGACAACCCAGCAACAGCCUCCUCCGCUUUUUCCUAAGUCACCGUUUGAGAGGGAACUACAGCGAAGACUGGCGGAGUCACAAUCCCGACCGAUGCUCGCCGGUGGUCUCAACAACAAUCUUGAUCAGCAGGAAACCCAGCUGCAGCAGCAGCAACAACAGCAACAUCAUCCGCCGGUGCGGAGGGAAUCCAUGGAGAAGAUUAAGAACGCUAACAACCUGAUGCUGGCCAAGCACCCUGGCACACUGGAAGCCAUUAAGGAAGCUACCCGCAAUAAGAAUCCGAGCGAGUCGAGUCACAUGCAAACCUCCGACACGGAAUCGUGCGAGAUAAUCCAUGACUACCGGCCCUCAGCGACCGGUUCGAUGGACAGCAACAGUCGCCAUCAUUCGCAUCUGCACAGUCACAACCACGGUCACCAUUAUCAACAACAGGAGCAACAAAUGACACAAUCACCGCGGUUGCAUGCCCGACACAGUCAUUUACAUCAUCAGCAAAAGUACUGCAAUGCGACGAAAAAGUCCUCCAAUGAAACAUCGUCUAACAUUGAGGCGGAUGAAGAUCUGCGGCUUUCGAACGAGGCCAUCUAUCGGGGUCGAGGUCGAGACUCGGAUGAUAUGCUGGACGACGACGAGCCCGAUGAUGAUGAGCCGGAAGAGUCGGACGACGAUGACGAUGAAGACGAUGACGACGAUGAUGAUGCUGACGAGGAGAUCGGUGCCCGGCAGAGGAGACAUGCUGCUGGCAUUGCAGCGGAACGACGAAGGAGUAAUUCGGAUGCCACGCGGAAUUACAUUUCUGACGAGCUGAAGUAUGGCGCGGGACACAUCAGUCGUGCAGAGCGGGAACGGGACCUCAGCCAUCAUAGCCAUAGUCACCACAACAAUAGCCAUAGUUCGCACCAUAAUCAGCACCAGUCGCUGGAUUCUAAUCAUGCUGAAAGUCAAUCAGAGUGGAGCGACGAUGAAGGUCGAGAAGAAGCUACAGGUGGAGCCGAAAGCACCGGUUAUAUAACUGAUGAGCCCGGUUUGGAAAACAUCUCGUUACUAAACGAAGCCGGGCUAACGGACGCCGAGGGUGCUCUGUCGGACGUCAACUCCCUGUACAAUGCACCGGACGUGGAUGACACUUCGAUUUCUUCCCGUGCCAGUAGCCGACUGCUGAGCCUGGACUCCCUGAGUGGGCUGUAUGACUGUGAUUUGGACUCGAAGCACGAGAUGGCCAUCGUGAGCGUGUCGCACAAGAUUAGUAGUAAGUUUGGACCGAGCCCGGGGGCGGCAGCGGCGGGUGGCUCCAGCAGUACAACAACACCACCGGCAACGACGACCGCGACGACCGCGACGUCAACACCGGCUGCUGUGCCACCCGCGCACGGAUCAACCCCGCCGAUCAGUUCCUCAACGGGGUAAGACGAGACGAAAGGCGAGACUUAGUUAGGGGGCACUCUGACAUGUAUGCAAGCGGAGCACACUAACAAACAUGAUGCAACACACUACGUGUAAGGCUAGAUAGUUUUUUGGCUUUUUGCUGCGAUUUGAUGAAGAAAAGAAAAACAAAGGUAAUUAUCAUGUAAUAUAUAACUUAUUAAUAAUAGUGAUCUGAAAGUUGAAACGACGAAAACAAACAAAAAAAAAAAACAGUGGCAUUUUUCUUAUUGCUUGUGUUAGACGCAUAAUAGGAUAUUGCAUUUGUAGGAUUAUUAGAUGGGUAAAUUUUUUGGGAUAUCCAGAUGCAAGUACAGAUGUUUUUUAAUCCUAUUCUGGUACGGUAUCGGACGUGGUUUCUCACGGAGAAAAAAUCUUAGUUAUUUGGUGUGAGAUAAUAUCUCAUAAUAUUGGGCAAAUUCAUGUUCUAAAAAGCAAAAGCAAUCGGUAUUUAUUCUCGAGAAUCUAAUUGUUUAGUUCUUUUAGGAAAGAGAACCUGCGUUAUAUGAUGAAAUCCUCACUUUACAGUAAAAAUGCACCAAACCAUAUUUGACGAAUUCUAAGGUAGUACUCCAAUAUGCGAUAAAAGUUGAAGAAUUUUGGUUUCAAAAGUGAUAAGUUGUUAGCGGUGCCACUAAGCGCUUGUGUUGUUGCAUCGUAAGUUUUAUUACACAGAUCGACAACAGUUUCAUGGCCCGCUUCAAAAAAACGACCAUUUUGAUCUUUUUUUUCUAGUAAAUGACUAAAAAUACACAUCUUUUACAAAUUUGAUUAGUUUUCCAACCAUGUGAAACGUAAGAUGCAUAGUGCAAAAAAAAUGGAUUUUGCCAACUGAACGAGUUCGCGCGAAAUCUCCAGAAGCAGAAUCUACAAAUAAGGGUUUACUAUAGAAAAGUUCAACAGAUGGCCGAAAAAAGCAAUGUCCCCAUAUUUUUAGCGGGAUGCGAGCCGCUUUCCUCUCCAAGAUUUACAUACACAGAAUGACCAGGCAUCUUCGAAUGAACCGGUCAUCUUCGAUCAAAGGUUAAGAAAGCGCAACCGUAUACCAUGUGAUAAAUCUGCAAAGAAAUACAGCGAUGACUGCAGGACAGGAUUUGAUUUCAUAAGUCUGGAUUUCCAUCUCGCAAAACCAACUAAACUAGACUUCCCAUUUGGAACGAGAUUAAUUUGUGUUAGGAUAUUCGGCGAAAGAACCGACGAUGCUUCAUGUUGAACGAGGAAAAGACUUAAACAAUUGAUGGGAAAAGAGGAGACACACAGUAUAAUCAAAACGCAUCCGCUUACAACGUAAUUGUAUUGUAAUUAUUUAAAAAAAAGCAAACAAACAAAAAACCACUACUACUGUGGAUAACCGUUUCAUAGCCUGGGCACCGUAAAUGCCUUUUGUUGAGAAAAAUAACACUGAACCGGUAGAAACUUUAUUACAUAUUAGUUGUUUUGCUACAUAUAUAUAUAUAGACAUUUGUAGGUGUUUCUAUUCUAGUUGUACAAAUCAAGUAUAUCGCUCUCACCUAUUUUGCGAAUCUAUCCACUGUAAAUCUCUGUACAUAAUUAAGGAAGGAUGUGCGAUAAUCGUUUACUUUUUUAUGUUCAAACAUGGUGUAAAACUAUCAAAAUCACUCGCAAUCCCACCUCUUCUUGGCACGCUGGAAUAAAAAAUCAUAUUGUAGCCAAUUUUGCUCUACUUAAAAUAAAGAAACCAGGCCAUGUGCUGCUUUCUGAAAGCUAUCUGUUUUUUCUCUAUUAAAAAUAGGAACUUAGGAGUAUAGUUUUGGUUAUUAAACUAUAAAUAAUUUAUACCAAACACAAAAAAGAUACUUUUAUAAAGAAAAAAAGUGCAAGCAAAGCACUGCUUUGCGAGUGUCAUUUAUUCCUAACAAAGCAGGAAAGAAAAAAACAUCAUAUUUCCCGACUCAUCAUGACAACAAAAAUUGCUCAGAGAAAAAUCAGUGGAAAAUUCCGAUCACAAAAAAAAGAAUGCAAAAAUCAAGUCAAUUGCUAGCCCUCCUUUUAUUUUCAGUACGAAAUUUCGCGAAAAAGAAACUUGAAUUUCCAAUGCUGCUGUUAUGAAACCGAUGGAUAUUGAAGCAAAAACAUUAAAACAAAAUGCAAACCCAGGAAUUUCAAACAAACAAACAAAAAACAGAACGCAAUGUACCAAGCAAGUCGAACGAAAACCUGUCGGAAGGAAGAAAAAAAUAUAGUCUUAUGGAAUUUAUUCUCAGAGCAACCGGUAAACUGUCGGUCGGUAUCAUUUUCGGCCGAUGGGGGUUGCUUUAAUAAAUACUUAAAAAACCAGUA